AUGUAUGACCUCCUCACUGUUCUCAUGAACUAUUUCAUCACUGUUCUCAUGUAUGACCUCCUCACUGUUCUCAUGAACUAUUUCAUCACUGUUCUCAUGAACGACCUCCUCACUGUUCUCAUGAACUAUUUCAUCACUGUUCUCAUGAACGACCUCCUCACUGUUCUCAUGAACUAUUUCAUCACUGUUCUCAUGUAUGACCUCCUCACUGUUCUCAUGAACUAUUUCAUCACUGUUCUCAUGUAUGACCUCCUCACUGUUCUCAUGAACUAUUUCAUCACUGUUCUCAUGUAUGACCUCCUCACUGUUCUCAUGAACUAUUUCAUCACUAUUCUCAUGUAUGACCUCCUCACUGUUCUCAUGAACUAUUUCAUCACUGUUCUCAUGUAUGACCUCCUCACUGUUCUCAUGAACUAUUUCAUCACUGUUCUCAUGUAUGACCUCCUCACUGUUCUCAUGAACUAUUUCAUCACUGUUCUCAUGUAUGACCUCCUCACUGUUCUCAUGAACUAUUUCAUCACUGUUCUCAUGUAUGACCUCCUCACUGUUCUCAUGAACUAUUUCAUCACUGUUCUCAUGUAUGACCUCCUCACUGUUCUCAUGAACUAUUUCAUCACUGUUCUCAUGAACGACCUCCUCACUGUUCUCAUGAACUAUUUCAUCACUGUUCUCAUGUAUGACCUCCUCACUGUUCUCAUGAACUAUUUCAUCACUGUUCUCAUGUAUGACCUCCUCACUGUUCUCAUGAACUAUUUCAUCACUGUUCUCAUGAACGACCUCCUCACUGUUCUCAUGAACUAUUUCAUCACUGUUCUCAUGUAUGACCUCCUCACUGUUCUCAUGAACUAUUUCAUCACUGUUCUCAUGUAUGACCUCCUCACUGUUCUCAUGAACUAUUUCAUCACUGUUCUCAUGAACUAUUUCAUCACUGUUCUCAUGUAUGACCUCCUCACUGUUCUUAUGAACUAUUUCAUCACUGUUCUCAUGUAUGACCUCCUCACUGUUCUCAUGAACUAUUUCAUCACUGUUCUCAUGUAUGACCUCCUCACUGUUCUCAUGAACUAUUUCAUCACUAUUCUCAUGUAUGACCUCCUCACUGUUCUCAUGAACUAUUUCAUCACUGUUCUCAUGUAUGACCUCCUCACUGUUCUCAUGAACUAUUUCAUCACUGUUCUCAUGUAUGACCUCCUCACUGUUCUCAUGAACUAUUUCAUCACUGUUCUCAUGUAUGACCUCCUCACUGUUCUCAUGAACUAUUUCAUCACUGUUCUCAUGUAUGACCUCCUCACUGUUCUCAUGAACUAUUUCAUCACUGUUCUCAUGUAUGACCUCCUCACUGUUCUCAUGAACUAUUUCAUCACUGUUCUCAUGUAUGACCUCCUCACUGUUCUCAUGAACUAUUUCAUCACUGUUCUCAUGUAUGACCUCCUCACUGUUCUCAUGAACUAUUUCAUCACUGUUCUCAUGUAUGACCUCCUCACUGUUCUCAUGAACUAUUUCAUCACUGUUCUCAUGUAUGACCUCCUCAUUGUCUUUCAUAAGCGUUUCAAAGUCUCCUUUACUCAUUACUUCAAUCUCAUGCUGUUCACAGUAGUACUUAAACUCACUGUAUAUGUUUUGUCAUGA